AUGGAUAAUGAUAAGAAGGUUAUUUUGGAGGAAGAAUUGAAAAAAGGAUGGGAAGCAGCAACUCAACUUCGCAGCUUAAUUCCUUCACAAUCACAACUAACAAUGAAUGGUAGAUCAUUAUCAAAUCAUGAUGAUGAUCAAUUCAAUUUCAAUGAUCAAACAAACAUGGCUUCAAUGCAUAAUCAUACAUUCACAAUUCUUUCAUCACUUGAAACUUCUCUAUCCAUCAUCAAUGAUAUGGUUCGAUCCUUCCACUUUCAAGCUUCAUCUUCUAAGGAAACUUCUCCUAACAAUAGGAGACGCGUGCUUGAAUGCCCUAAUGUUGAACCUGAUGGCUACACAUGGAGAAAGUACGGACAAAAAGUAAUUCAAAAGACAAUGUAUCCUAGGGAAUACUUCAGGUGCAUAUACAAAGAAGAUCAGAAUUGCCAAGCAACUAAACAUGUCCAAAAGAUAUCCAAUAAUCCUACAAAUUAUAGGAUCACUUACUAUGCAGAACAUACAUGCCAACCCACUCAAACAAACAAUACAAAUAUUGCUUACUAUAAUGUGUUAAAUGUUCAUGAAAAUGAUCAUUUUACCAAUUACAUGAACUUUAAGUCACCAAACCCAUUGAUAUCCACCCCAAAAGAAGCUCUUAACAAUUAUUAUACACCUUCAAUUUCCACCACCAAUAAUCCUCCUCUUUCUCCGUCGGAGUCUCUUAAUCCAAUACCAACAACGACAACAACAACAAUAACAACAACAACAACUAAUAAUGUUCCAUCAGUUGAUAUUGCAACAUAUAUACACCAGGAUCCAAAUGUAGUAUUUUCUCCAAAUAUAUUCAUAAGCCCCAACGACUACAUGGGUACCCUAAAUAUUGAGUCAACUAUUGACUAUAGUUACUUGGCUUAUGAACAUUUGGAUACUAUUAAUGAUUUGGAAGACCUUAAUUCCUUUUGGGAUACGAUAUAA